AUGCAGCAGGUGCAGGCGUGGGUGGUGUACAGGCACGGAGUCUACGACGUUACGGAGUUCGCAGGGGCCCACCCAGGAGGUAACAAGAUUCUGCGGGCGACGGGGAAGUCCCUGGAGCUCUUCUGGCAGCAAUCGGAGCCCCAUUCGCGAGCGGGCGUCCCGGAGACGCUGGAGGAGCUGAGGGUGGGCAAUUUGAGCGAAGAAGACUUUGACAGGCUCGAAGAGCUGAAGAAAUUGCCCUCGACUAGUGACAAGGAGUGUGCGAUGAGAGAGGUCUUCUUUUUUGAAGGUUCUUCGGUGCCGGAGACCUCGCUGUCGCUGGCGGAACUCAAGACGCGCUUCAAGCUGCACAGCGUUACCACGACGAUCCGCUGUGCUACGUCUCGCGCUACUGCUGGCUCUGGAGACAAGCAGUCCACAACGACUGUGCGAGUUCCCGCUGAGUGGACGGGUGUGCUGCUUGCCGACGUGCUGGCGUAUGUAGGGACAGCAGCGGCAUACAUUGAACAGGUACGUUUUGAGGCGCUGGAUACAGAUGCCAAGGGGAAAGCGUUUGGCGCCUCCAUACCGGCGACGACGGCUUUGGAUCGAGAAGUUGGCGUACUGCUCGCGUUCGAGAUGAAUGGCGCUCCGAUUCCCAAAGAGCACGGCUUCCCGCUUCGCGUCGUUGUUCCAGGAACGACGGGCGCGCGCAAUAUCAAAUUCGUCCAUCGCAUCAUCCUCACGUGA